AUGAAACUUGGUGUCGGAACUUCCUUGCCUGGUUUGGUUGCAACAAAAGUUGGAGCCAAUGUUACUCUUACUGAUGACUCCACCAGAUUUGAGGUGCUUGAAAACAUGAGAAGAGUGUGUGACUUAAAUAAAAUCGAGUGCAAUGUGCUAGGAUUGACAUGGGGUGUUUGGGAUUCAUCCAUAGAAAGUUUACAACCAACUAUUAUUCUAGGAGCUGAUGUCUUGUAUGAUUCAAACGCCUUUGAUGACCUCUUUGCCACUGUGACGUUUCUGCUGCAAAAUUCUCCUGGGUCAAGUUUUAUAACCUCGUACCACAAUCGAAGCGGGCAUCACUUUAUUGAGUUCUUGCUGAGGAAAUGGGGCCUAAAGUGUCUCAUUCUGAUCAUGGCGUUAACAAAAGCCUCAUAA